AUGGCAACAAAAAUAAUCUACUUCACAGUGAAUGGGAGACCAGAGCAGGCUGAGUUCCCAGUCGACUGCCCGGCCCAGGACAUCAAAGAUCUCUUCCGUUCUGCAGCCGAGGCAGGACCACAUGACAUUCUGAAACUGUACAACCCCAAAGGCAACAUCAUCAACAUCUCCCCGAAUCUGGAGCCGAACAGUCCUAACUCCUGCUACAAGCUGGAGGUGGUGGCCGCCGACUGCAACAGUGACCCGUUAGGUGCAGAGCUUGCUGGCGCACUAGGAUUUGAUCUGUCAUCCAUGGAAAAAAGACUGCAGAGCCUGGAGAAGAAAAUCCUAAUCGAAGCUGGUGAGACUCCUGCAGUUGUGUAUGAGAUGAAGAAACAAGUGGAUUCUUUCAGAGAAAAACUAGAGAGUGUGGAGCAUCUAAGCUGGCUGGGGUUGUUCAAAGAUCUUUCAGAGGGAACUCACAAGCCUUCCCCAUUCUAUCACAAGAGAACCCUACAUAAAACCAGGGAGGAAUGUGAACAUGUACGGGAAAAGUUCCUGCAAAUGAGCUCUCUGGAGGUAUCAGAGGAAGUCAGGCAGUACCUAAAGACCCCAACCUUUGAUAACUGGCAGUGGGAGGAUGCAGAAAUCAUGGUGCUCCUACAGGUCAUGUACACAGAUUUAGAUUUCAUAGCGACCUUUAACAUUGAGCCAGAGGUACUGCAACAGUUCCUGUUUGAAGUCUACCGAAGAUACAACAACAUCCCUUUCCACAACUUCAAGCACUGCUUCUGUGUGACCCAGAUGAUGUAUGGUCUGAUCUGGCUGACGGACCUGAGGAGUAAGAUGGACAGUGUUGACCUGCUGAUCAUGCUGACCUCUGCAGUGUGCCACGACCUCGAUCACACAGGCUACAACAACGCCUACCAGAUAAAUGCUCGGACUGAACUUGCUCUCCGCUACAAUGACAUCUCUCCACUGGAGAACCACCACUGUGCUGUGGCCUUUGAGAUACUUGAAAGGACAGAGAGCAACAUCUUUAGAAAUCUGUCCAUGGAUCAGUACAAAAGGAUAAGGGAGGGAAUCAUCAAAUGCAUUCUGGCCACUGACAUGACGAGGCACAAUGAGAUUCUCAACAAGUUCAAGUUCAUCCUGCCUGCUUUUGACUUCACCAACAAGGAUCACAGAGAUGUGCUAAUGAUGAUCCUGAUCAAAGUGAGCGACAUAUCCAACGAGGCGCGGCCCAUGGAGGUGGCUGAGCCCUGGUUGGAUUGUCUUUUGCAGGAGUUCUACAACCAGAGCGAUGUGGAGAAGCUAGAGGGUCUUCCAGUCACCCCCUUCAUGGAUCGGGACAAAGUAACAAAGCCUUCAUCUCAAACUGGCUUCAUCAGAUUUGUCCUCCUGCCACUCUUCAUCGAGCUGGCCAACCUCUUCCCCUGUCUGGAGCUCCACAUUAUCGACCCUGUGCGGAAGGCCCUGGACUACUACACUGAAAUGGAGAAAGCACUGGACAGGGAGAAACAGAACUGGGCUCAGAGUGAGAAUGCAGCCAAGAGCAAGGAGGCAGCUGUUGGCAGACAGAACAGCCAGAUAGAAGCUGGGCCAGAGGCCUCAAAACCAGACAUACAGUGA